GCCGUCACAGCAUGGCUUGACGAGCAAUGUGAAGGUCCGGGCCUGGGAUCCAAACCCACGAACCCUGAACUUAACUGCUACACUGCCAGGCUCCCGGUCUUCUGUUUUUUUUAACAGUAGCCCGUGGGCACAUGCUUUUGGGGCACACAACUUAGCCCACUGCCCUCUUGGCCGAGCUCCCCUGCACACAUGGGGCCAGUAGCGACCUUUGCUAGCACCCACUGCAGACCUGAUCAGAGCCUUGAAUGUGCCAAGGGGUGACGAGGGGUGAUGUGUGGGGUUGCAGCGUCUUUGUGUGCCCGUUCUGACCCACUCCGGCCCUCAGGGGAGGGCAGCUGGGGGCGCCUGGGCAGUCAGCCAUGCUGGAGCUUUGCCAGGUUUGGGGGCCGGGAGCGCCCCGCAGAGCCUGCUGAGGGACACGUGGGAAUUGAAACCACAGGAAGGGGCGUCCCCCUGAAGGCCUUGUGCAGGGGUCACUGGGGUGAGAGUGAGGAAGUGGGACAGGCGAGCGGAAACAGGUGGAGAAAGCAGAGGAGGGAGCUGGGAGGAAAGCAGCCUGCGGGGGCUCGGGGACAGCAGGUGGCCGUGACCCCCACAGCUGCCGGCAGAGGCCAGGGCAGGGGCUGAGAAGGGACGGGAAAGUGAGGAGAUGGGCAUGGGGACCCGCGUGAGGGGCCCUGCCUGAGGCGUGUCACUUCUCAUGUCACCUCUCCUGUCCCCCUGUCCCCACUGUACCAGCUCUCUCUGCGCCAGACCUGCCUGUGGCUCCCUUUUGGCUGCAGAGUGAACCGGCCCCUUGCUGGCCCACGAGCCCAGCUCUGGCCUCUGAGAUGCUCCACCCUCCUCCCCGACUGCUGCCCCUCACUCACCCUCCUCCCACCCGCCCACCUUGUGCUGUUCCUGGAGCCGGCCAGGGGCCGUCCCGCCAUGGCCUGGGCCUGCCACCUUCCAGUGCUCUCUUUCCUCCAGCUUUUUGCAUGGCUUGGGCACUCACUUCCUUCAGGUCUUGAUGCAACACCACCUCCCUGACCCCUUCCCAUGCCUAGCAUUUCUACCCGCUCCUGUUCCGUUUUUCUCCGUUACCCUUAACAUUAUCUGACAGCUUUGUGAGCAUGCCUACCAUGGUCUGUGGGGGGCGGACUGUGGUCUGUUUUGCUCGUUUCUGUAUCCCCAGUGCUCUGCUCAGGGGCUGGCAUGGACUGAUGUUUGUUGAAAGAAGAAAUGAAUCCUGGGGCAUUGGUGAGUGUUAUAAGCAGAUGUUCCUGGUGGCUUAAGUAAAAUGAAGGUGUAGCUGUUUCUCUGAAAGGAGGCUACCCAGGGCUGCUAGAGCAAUGUCAUGAACUCUUUGGGGACCCUGGUUCUCCAAACUACACCAUAGUUUUGCUGUUGUCAUCAUGUGGGUUUUACCUCAUGGUCCAAAGUGACUGCUUAUGCUCCAGCCAUCAUGUCCCAUGUGCCAGCCACGGGAACUUGACACUCACUUCAUCUGAAGGCCUCUGAGAUCCCCCGUUAGAUCACAUUUCAGCCUGAUGUGCAGACUCUGCCCCAUUCCUUCCUUCCUUCCUUCUCUUUCUCCCUCCCUCCCUCCCUUUUUGCUUCUUCCCUUCUUUUCUCCUUCCUUCCUUCGUAGCCAAACACUGAGGGCUGCUGUGGUCCAGGCACUGGAAAAAAAGGUGAAGGGGUGGGGAGACCCCCAGUCCAGUGCUACAUGUGCUGAUGGAGGACGGGCCGGCAAAGUAGGAACGCACGGGACAGGCCCUGCCGGUCCAGGACACAGCAACUGCUCCCCACCCACUCCCCCUGCCCCAGCCUUGUCCUCAGGGACUGGGGUGUCUGUUUAGCUCUGUCUCCCCAGCCUGGGGGCUCCUGAGGCUGGGCCAGGGCUGGAUCCUCUCAGGACCCAGCAUUGCCCAGCAUAGGUGGGCACGACAUGGGCCCAGUAUGGGAGGGCGCCAGGAUUUCGACCGCCAUCUCUACACACCAACAACUGCUGGCUGGUUCUGCCAGAUGUCUGCCCUGCAUCCCUCCUCCAAGGCCAGUUAGGACUUUUGUCUUCCACAUGGCUCCCCCACCCCCAGGGCUGCCCCAGGGCCCUUACAGAAACUGCCAGCUCUGGGGACCUUGGCCCCGGGGGGAACCAGGAGAAGCAGGUGCUGGGGGGCGGGACAGGGGGCGGGGCGGGCAUCUCCCCGGAGACGUGAGGACUGUGCUCUGGCUUCUGACCUGAGGUAGCUGGUCUCCGCAGCACCCAGGCCCCUCACAGGCCACCUCGCUCCCAGAGUGCCCCUGAGCUCAGGAACCUGGGGGCCGUGGGGAGGCGAGCGUCUGCUUUGCUCUCAGGGGAGCCCCAGGAGGAGGCCGCAUGAUGGGUGGGCGGCCCUCAAGCCCCCUGGACAAGCGGCAGCAGCAGCACGUGACGGACCGGGUGGACGCCCUGCUGAGGAGCUUCCUGCCCUGCUACCGCGGGCAGCUGGCGGCCUCUGUCCUGCGGCAGGUCGCCUGUGAGCUCAGCCCCCAAGAGCCAGCCGGAUGCCAGCUGCUGCGCAGCAAAAAGCUGCCCCGAGUCCGAGAGCACCGAGGGCCGCUGGUCCAUCUGCGGGGCCACCCACCCCAGUGGCAGCCGGUCUUCUGUGUCCUGCGUGGGGACGGCCGCCUGGAGUGGUUCAGCCAUAGAGAGGAAUAUGAGGACGGGGGUCGUCCUCUGGGCUCCACAGCCCUGACCGGGUACACAGUCCUGACUUGUCAGCGCGAGUACCUCCGCCUGUUGGACACUCUCUGCCCAGAUGCCUCAGGAGCCCACACACAGAAGGAGGCUGACCCCCUUCUGGAAAUGCCCGUUGGCUGCCCUCUGUUCCUGCAGCACCCCUUCCGCCGGCACCUCUGCUUCUCUGCGGCCACAAGGGAGGCACAGCGUGCCUGGAGGCUAGCCCUGCAGGGUGGCAUCCGGCUUCGCGGAACAGUCCUACAGAGAAGCCAGGCCCCUGCCGCCUGGGCCUUCCUGGAGGCCGUCCGGCUCUACCGGCAGCACCAAGGCCACUUUGGCGAUGACGACGUGACCCUGGGCUCAGAUGCCGAGGUGCUGACCGCAGUGCUGAUGCGGGAGCUGCUGCCCGCGCUGCGGGCCCAGACCCUGCCGGGCCUGCGGGGGGCCGGCCGAACCCGGGCCUGGGCCUGGACCGAGCUCCUGGACGCCGUCCACGCCGCCGUCCUGGCCAGGGCCUCUGCGGGGCUCCGUGCCUUCCAGCCCGAAAAGGACGAGCUGCUCGCGGCCCUGGAGAGGACGAUCCGUCCCGACGUGGACCAGAUGCUGCGGCUGCGGGCGCGCGUGGCGGGGAGGCUGCGGGCCGAAGUCCAGGGCUCCCUGGAGUCGUGCCUGCGUGGGAAGGUGGCCGUGCAGCUGCCCCGGAUCACGCGGACGCUGGUGAGCACCGUGGAAGCCGCACUGGUGGCAGUGCAGACCCUCCUAGCCCGGGGCAUGGACCGCCUGUCCCUCCACCUGCGUGGGAGCUCCUCGGGCGCGCAGCUGCGCAAGGAGGUUUACGCAUUUGGUGAGAUGCCGUGGGACCCAGAGCUGAUGCAGAUCUGCUACCAAGAGGCCGAGCAGAGUCGGGGGCGCCUGGGGCGGCUGGUGGCGCCAUUUGGCUUCUUGGGGACUCAAAGCCUGGUGUUUGGGGCCCAGGAUCUCGCACAGCAGCUCAUGGCCGACGCUGUGGCCACCUUCCUGCAGCUGGCCGACCAGUGUCUGACCACGGCGUUGGACUGCGACCAGGCCUCCCGGCAGCUGGAGAAAGUCCGGGCGCGCGUGCUGAAGAAGUUCCGGUCGGACAGCGGCUCGGCGCGGAGGAGGCGCGUCCGCGGGUGGCUGCUCGGCAUCUUCCUGCCCUUCGUGCUGAGCCAGCUGGAGCAGCGCCGCCGAGCGGAGCUGCCUGCGUUCGAAGCGGACGUCCUUGCCAUGGGCAGCCCAGCCCUGACCAUCGAAGGCAUCUAUGAAGACGUCAUCCGGGGGGUCCUGUCGCAGAGGAUUGAUGGAGAGUUGAAAAAGGCCCUCGGUGCCAGCGAUGUGUCCUCUACUCUGGAUGGCUGCUCUGAGGCCCCAUGGGACCAGGUGGGAGCAGAUGAGGAAACCGAGGGUCAGAGAGGGACUUGCUCCAGGCAGCCAGGCCCCGGAGCUGAGGUCCAGCCACUCUGCCUGCCACCUGCUCCAGAGACAUUCCGGAGCUGAAUCUUUGCCACAUUCGUCCUCGUUCCCAGGGGAGAAACGCCUACUAGUAGAGUUUCUGAGUUGAACCAUGCGCCCCAUUGCAAGGCUUUUGUAACCCCCAUGCCUCCCCCUCACUGCUCUCCAAAAAAGCCAGGCCUUUCCUCACUGCCACCAACAGCACUGGUGCAUCGUCUCCAUGUCCUGUCCAAACUAGCAAUUUUCAUCAAAGAAAAGCUGUCAAUUUGAUAGACACACACACAAAUUUCACUGUUUUAUUUUUAAUUUCUUUGAUGACUAAAUUGAACCUAAAAACAUGUUUAUUGGCCAUUUA